CCUCCUCCCGCCACGCGCGGCCGGCGGGACCCUGCGCGCUGAGGUAGCGGCGGAGGGAGCGCGGCGGAGGCGAGCGGGCCGCGCCUUGCCCCGCGUUGCAUCAUCUUUGUGCAUCUAUGAGAAGUCCAGGUAUGGCUUUGUUCAAGCAACAGAAGGUGGAAGACAUUUAUGAAAUUGGGGAAGAGCUGGGAAGUGGCCAGUUUGCCAUAGUGAAGAAAUGUCGAGACAAGAGCACGGGGCUGGAGUAUGCUGCUAAGUUCAUUAAGAAACGCCAGAGCCGGGCCAGCCGCCGUGGAGUGAGGCGUGAGGAAAUUGAGCGGGAGGUCUCUAUUCUGCAGCAGAUCCUGCAUGCCAACAUCAUCAAGUUGCAUGACAUCUAUGAGAACAAGACGGAUGUGGUCCUCAUCCUUGAGCUGGUUUCUGGAGGAGAACUUUUUGACUUCCUGGCACAGAAGGAAUCUUUGAGUGAAGAGGAAGCAACAAGAUUCAUCAAACAGAUUUUAGAUGGUGUGAAUUACCUUCACUCUAAGAAAAUUGCUCACUUCGAUUUAAAGCCUGAAAACAUUAUGCUUCUAGACAAGAAUAUCCCUAUUCCACACAUCAAACUCAUUGACUUUGGCCUGGCUCACAAAAUAGAAGAUGGAGUUGAAUUUAAGAACAUUUUUGGAACUCCAGAAUUUGUGGCUCCAGAAAUAGUGAACUAUGAACCACUGGGACUGGCUGCAGAUAUGUGGAGCAUAGGAGUCAUCACCUACAUACUCCUCAGUGGUGCUUCGCCUUUCCUUGGAGAAACUAAACAAGAAACGCUUGCCAACAUCACAGCUGUGAAUUAUGAAUUUGAUGAAGAAUUUUUCAGCAACACCAGUGACUUGGCAAAAGAUUUUAUUCAGAAGCUCCUGGUGAAAGAUACACGGAAACGGCUUACAAUUCAGGAAGCUCUGUCUCAUCCGUGGAUAAUGCUGAAAGAAGAAACAAAAGUCCAAGAAAACAAGAAGGUUGAGAACACGCAGCUGAAGACAAAACGCCUGAGGGAGUACACCAUAAAGUGCCAUUCAAGUAUGCCUCCCAAUAACACCUACAUCAAUUUUGAGCGCUUUGCCCGGGUAGUAGAAGACAUUUCACUUACGGAACGGGGGUUCAGCGCUUUGGCUGCAUCCCACGAUUCUUUACAGGAGGACAUUGAUGCUCUGGUUUCCAUUUAUAAUGAGAAAGAAGCUUGGUAUAAAGAGGAGAAUGAAAGCGUGAGGCACAAGCUAUCUCAGCUGAAGUAUGAAUACCGUAAAAUUGAAUCCCUGAAAAGGCACCUACAAGAUGAUAUCAAGACUGUAGGCACUAGUCUUACAGGCAUAACGGGGAAAUACGCUGAUCUGCAGAGUCAAUAUGAAUCUCUCAGUCAAGAGCUUUCUGAGGAGCUCAAAUGGAUACAGGAUUUAAUGAGUAAUUUUCAUCUGGAAAAUGAAGCCUGUCCAGUGGACAAGCGACAGGCUUUGGUUCGGCAAUCAUCUCUUGUUAACAUGGAAAACUUCAGAAGGCAAUAUGCUAGAAGGCGAUGGAAGCUUUCUUACCGUAUUGUCUCAUUGUGCAACCAGUUGUCUCGUUCGCUGGUGAAAAAGGUCCUAAUAGAAGAUGAAAGUAUGAGGAACUGUGAAAGUGACAGUGAGGAUCUUUCUCAAAGAAAAGCCACUCGUCAGAGGAGAAGCAGCAUAUCAUGAUGGAAGGAGAGUUUCACAGGCAGGAGACACAGGAAACUUCCACCUUGCUGAAAAGAGCAGCUCUGACAGCAGACCUUGACUUCCUGUCUGAAUCCUUGGUAUGAUGGUUCUCACUUCUCAAACUGUACCAACAACUGGACGUUAUUAUUAAAUGACUGCUGAGCAGUUUAGAAAGUUUGUGAUCCAGAUUCCUGAGGAAAUGCUGCAGCACAAGCAUUGAUUGAAGUGCCUUUAUAUGUUGAAUGUUUCAGUGAUACUUCAGUUGGGAUAUCAACUGCACCCAGGACGCAGGGUUUCUAGUGAUAUUCUGCACAAUGAUUAAGACUGCAUUAUUAUCUCAGUCAGGGAAAUUGUUAUUGAGUCUUCAGGAAAAAAAAUUAAUAUAGUUUUCAUUUGUUAAUAGCAUAAGUAUUUGAUGACAGGUUUAAUAACCUGUCAGGUUUAUUAGCUGUGUGCAGUACUCUGUUACUGCUGCCACUGAAAUAAAAAUCAUAGUGCCAUUAUGUAUCAUAACCUUGAUUUCAUCAACCUAGCUGUAAACAGUUCUGUACUGCAGUAAGAGUUGCACUCCGGCCAUCAUCUCUGGCUGAAAACUAGCACAACCUGCCAUUGUCAAAGGGAGUACAGCUGAUUCUGACCACUGAGCUAGGCCAGGGCAAUUUUGAGAUGAAAAAGGGAAAAAUUUUGUAGUGACUUACAUGCACCCAAAUACAGUUUUUUUUACAGAACGAUGGCAGGAUGCUUCACCAAAUAGGGCACUUAAAAACCCCAGGUAUAUGAAGAAAUAGUUCUUAUUAGACUUUAUUAUUUUAUUUUAUUGUUGGCAAAUUGGAGAUUCACUAACACCUAUUUGUGUAGGUGCUGUUUACGUGUAACCCAAACUGCAAACAGCUGUGUGUUAUUCAGGGGGUUGUAGCCACAACUGGGGAAAUAAGCACUUUGAUAUUAACAUCUUUGUGCUAGGAAAUUGCAUCAUUUUAACUACAUUAGUUUCUAAGCCAGUAUUGUUCAACUGGUACCAAAAAUGGGUAUAGACUAGGAUUUAUUUUUUGAAUUGAAAAUAUUAGUUGUUAGAAGUUCAUAUUUAUUUUGCUAUUUAAUAAAUUAAAACUCAGAAAGCAAGCUUACUAGGAACAACUAUAGAUUGACAAGGAAACUGGACUUUUUGGCUUUAGGAUUGUCACUUCUAGGCCAAGUUUAGAGUGUAAACUGAUAUUUAAGAGUAGUAUCAGGUUAAUUCUGCCUGGCUUUCUCUUUCUAAGAAAUAAAAGUACACUGCUUUUAUUUGUAGCUUUGUAUCCUUGCUUAGGCAGAGACUAAAAUGAGGUUGAUGAGAAAGUAUUUCCGUGAAAGGAAGGAAAUGAAAGAGAAGCAUUGGAGGAGAGAGGCUGAAAGUAGGAUUUGAGGGAAGAAAUAAAAUGAAGAAGGUGAUGAUGGGGAAAAAGCAGUGGAGAGGAAUGAGUAGGAGAGGGACAGGCAAGGAGUGGAGGUGAACCUGGACUGGGAAGGUUGAAGGAGGGGGAAGAGGACGUUGCUAUAGGAAUUGUGGAAGCAGGAGAAUUAAUGUUUUGGCAAAUAUGGCAUUGAAUUUUGAUACUAUUUAUUUAAUUUCCUUUUAUUUCAUGUCUUGUGCUGCCAUAGCCUGUGAUAUUUGCCUGGUCAAGGGAUAAGGAGCAGGGCAUAGGCUUCUCUUCACAUUCAGUUAGAAGGUGUAUUCCUGAGCUUUCUGUGUAAUUUCUGGGGCAGAAUCCUUAAAACGUGCUGUAGUAAUAUACAUAUUAAGGGAGCAGUAAUGGGAAAAACUAUUGUUUCAGUGUCUGGAGGGAAUCUUUCCUAAGUAGAAAACUAAAAAUGUGUAUUUGGAUAAAAAGCUGUUCAGCUUACCUACCAAAUUUUGCUUCCUGCUUCCCCUGUCCCAUGCAUUAUCAUUAGUUCACUCCCUGGGCUAUGAAAAACCAAACAAACUUGGAGUCAGUGGUAUUUUUCCAGAGUUUCAAAACACCUUUGUUUUCCACAUUAGAGAUUGCAGGUUGUGUAUGGAAAUCACAUUUCUGAAAAGUAAGCCCUGGUUAAAACAGCUGUUGGUUUGUUGUUGCAUCCGAAUUGUGCUGUCAUGGAGAUGAGAAAAACUCCAGCAACUAUUGAGCAAAAUGAAGACAGGCUAAGAGCUGGGUGCGUUUAGUCUGGAGAAGGCUCUGGGGAGACCUUAGAGCAGAUCCAGUGCCUAAAGGGGCAACAAGAAACCUGGAGAGGGGCUUUCUGCAGAA